AUGACACGAGUGAAAUGUUCCCAACUUCGUGGUAAAAAACCAGCUGAAAUUCAAAAGCAAUUAGAUGAUUUACGUCAAGAAUUAAAUACCUUACGUGUCGGCAAAGUCACAGGUAGUGGUGGGGCACAAAAAUUAGGUAAAAUUCGCAAUGUACGCAAAUCCAUUGCUCAUGUUCUGAUUGUUCGAAAUCAAACGACCAAAGAAGAAUUAAGAAAACUCUAUCACGGAAAGAAAUACAAACCAAAAGAUUUACGUCGACGAAAGACACGCGCACUUCGCCGUUUAUUGACACCUAAAGAACGUGCUGUGCAAUUGAAGAAAACUCAACGACGACAAUGGGCGUUUCCCAAGCAUAUGCCAAGAAAGAAACAACUCACAUUUCAUAAUAGUAUUCCAGGAAAAUUCAUUCCGAGAAAUUCAUCUGCAUCAGUUUUCCCGUCGGGAGCGCAUGAUAAUCGAUAUAAUGCCAAAAUAGCACAAUUUCUUGCUUCAUCAGCAUCAUCGGCGAAUGACAAUGAACUUGUUUCAACAACUUCUCCUCAAGAAAUCUCGCCAAUCUUAUCUUCAUCGAUUCAUUCGAAUUUAUUCCAUAGACGCAUUGUUACAAUGAUCGAAACAUUAAGAAAACCGAAUUCUGAUCUUUCAUUGUCUCAUACCGAGCAGAAAUCUCAGCCAAUUACAUUUGGCCAAUUGAAACAAGCGACUAUUCUCGAGGAAAAACCGAUUUCUCAUCAAUUACCGAUACACGUCGAAGGAAAACAACAGAAAACAUUGGCAUCUUUUGUCAGGGACAACACACCAGAUUUACCUCCUGUGGAAAUAGCGAAAUCUUCGACAAAAGACGAAGAUGAUGAACCGAAAUUACACUAUUCGCCAUCACUGGAGAAAUUAUUCGAAGAACAAAAUGUCACUUCACAAACGAAACCAUUGGAUGAUGACGAACUUGACUCUUCGCGUUCACCGACGAGUUUUUACAUUCAUCCGUCGACACUAAAAUGGAGUUCAUCACCAAGUAAUCAAUCGACCACUUCUCCUCCACUAUUGUUCAACGAACAGACUCAAACUCGACCUCCACCACCUUCAUAUACCUCCAGUAUCACAAAUAACAAUCGAAUAAUUCGACCAGUAGUUUCUGAUCGCUCUCAAAGUCUCGUACGUCCACCGAUUCCAACAUCGGUUACUCUAUCGACAGUAGAAGCUUUUCCGGGUAUUUCUCUUCCGUGUGUGUUACCUUUAACAAAUCGAGUUCGUUCACCACCACCUCAAUACCAAUCGCCGACAUCUACUCUUUCAUCUGUUAGCAAUCUACCUCCUCCUUCGCCACCUAAACCAACGGGCAGUACGAGCUCCAUCGCUGGAUUUGAUCGUGAAUUUUCACGUCUACUCUACGGCAAAGAGGCGAAUAAAAUACGACGUCGAAAGCAAAAACGAAAAGCAUACAGCGAUCCCGUGAAAGAAUCUGUUGAAGAAGCGCGUCGAACAUAUGAUAAAAGCCAUCGUCAUGGUACUACUCAUUCAAACGAGACUGAUUCAGAUGAAGAUGACAACGAAGGCAAUAACGAUGACAAAAACCAUCGAAUUACAUCAAGUCGAUCAUUAAAUUUGACUGCAGAGUUAAGUUUUCUUCCACGUCGACGCCGUCGUCGACAAGCUGAUUUUCUCAAUCGGAAUUAUCAUUCGUCAAGAAAAACACUUGUACCACCAAAUCCUUUACUCAAACAACGUAUUCCUUCGUUCCUACGCGUCUAUUCUCAAGCGUCAUCAUCGAGCGAUAAUCUCUUGCAAUGGCAUUUAUUCAAUCUAUCCGAAUUGGAAACAUUUCAUGCAAUGAUGACACGAUUAUACAAAAAUGAAAAUCUCGCUCGUGUCCAACUGUAUGAAAUCUAUCGAACUGCAUUACUUUCCACACUUGCUGCGAAAACAUCAUCACAUACUGAUGAUGAAAAUCGAGCUUUGACCACAUCAUUAAAAAUCUAA